CGUUGUUUUUUAAUGCUUUUUAUAAAUUUUAAUAUGUUUGAAUGAAAACAAACCAGAUCUAAAGUGCAGAUUCUGUAAUUUUCUGCUAUUUGCUCCCUUCUGGUCGUGUUAUUAAGUCUAAUAGUGAAAUAAUGCAAGUUUGUCGCCUGUGUCUGGCCAUUCACACAGCCGACGCUAAUUUUGAGAUUUUCAAGGUCCAUGAAACAAGGAUACGAAUUGAGAUUAUGGCCUGUACAUCUUUGGAGAUGGAUGAGGAUGAUGAUUUGCCUCAGACGAUAUGCACAGACUGUCGUCUACGGCUCGAGGAGUACUAUAAUUUUCGAAGACGCUGCCAAGCUGCCGACAGGCGCCUUCGCCUUAAGAAUAAACGGAAGAGUGCGGACGCUGACUUGGACGAGGAGGACGAGGCGGAAGUUUCUACUGAAAAUAGUAGCAACGAUAAUGUCGAGUGGCGGCUGAAGGCUGCACAGCUUAUACGGGGCGAAAUGGAAUCCUUUAAAAAAGAACUGCAUAGUGUGUGCAAGGAAGAGGUUCGCCAGGAUAUCGAGGCAGAGGUACGUGCCGAGGUGGAAGAAAUGGUAUUGGCUGAGGCAAAGAAACAAUGUCGCCUUAACGUCCUCGAUGAUCUUUUCUGUGAGUUGGAGCGAUUUUUCAUACGAAAGCGGAACGAGGCAGUUUACGAUCAUGUGUCUGGCUCCGAAGGCUAUGACGGUUCCGAAAUAGAGAGUGCCUCGACAUCCACCCAAAUAGGUCACGAUACCGAUGCAAAGCGGCCGGAGACGGAGGUUCCAGAGGACAGAGAGCUGCCACACGAAACCGGAAUUGUCGUGGAACUGCUAGACGACACUUCCUCAGAUCAAGAGGGCGAAAUAACAAAUAUAAAACCAGAGUCCGGUGGCAGUCAAUUACCGGUGCCUGAAGCAGUUUCUUCAAUUGCACCAAUGACAAUGGUAGAGAUUAAUAUGCAAGAUACGCAAUUAAGCCAUUUACGGGAAGACUUAAAUAUAUCAAAUUUUUUGAAACCAACAUCAACUUCUAACAUACCAAAGAAGGCGAGGCAAGUUCGAUUACCAAGUAUAUCGGAGCAAAUCCUCACCAAGCCGCACAGUCCAAAGGUUCGAGAACAUUUAUGUCGCAAACAUAGCCGCAGGAGCAAACAAACCUUCUCGCAAGAAUCUCUUCGCAAUUGUGUCCGCUGUCGCCUCAGAGGUGCUGACAAACUACACACUACCACAUCCUAGAAAAUAUUAGGCUUAAGUUUUUUUUUGGGCACGGUUUUAGUUUUAAGGCGAACAUACAUAUAUUUAAUCUGUCUUCACGUAUUUUUUUUUUUUAAUUUAUAUUCAGCCAUAUUUGUACACAUACAAGCAAAUUACUAAUAAAAGUAAAUCAUUUUUUUCAAGGCGGUUCAAAUA